AUGACUAAGAGUAUCACAGAAGAUUCCUUGAAGCGAAUUCUCGAUGACAAAUUCAGACCGGUUGAACACAAAGUCAAAGAAUUGGUCAAAACGGUGGAAUUCAUCAGCGCCAAGUAUGAUGAGCUAUUAUCUAAGCAGAUAAAUAUCGAAGCUGCAAGCAAUGGGCUGGUAAAAGAGAAUGAAAUAUUGAAGAAUCAAGUAUCAAAUCUGCAAAAUCGAGUUGAACAAUUAAGUACAAACGUAAACGACCUAGAGCAAUAUGGCCGCCGUGAAUGCCUUGAAGUACGUGGCGUUCCUUUUCGAGAUGAUGAAGACCUUACUAAUGUGGUAUGCUCUAUUGGUAGUUUAAUAAAUGUAAAUAUUCAACCGCAAGACAUCUCAAUUAGCCAUCGUCUUAAGACGAGAACGCCGACGCGAAACUCAACGCCAGCAAUCAUCGUGAAAUUCGUAAGCCGGACCACAAGGGAUAGGCUUUAUUAUGCUAGGAAACAUCUGAAAGAUAAAACUACUUCAGACAUUGGCUUUGGUAGAAUCUCUGAUAACAAGAUUUAUAUCGCAGAAAGCUUGACAAGAAAGAAUAAAGAAUUAUUUACAAAAUGCCUCGAUGCAAGGCGGUCCCUCAAUUAUAAAUUCAUCUGGACGAAUCAAGGAAGAAUCUAUUUGCGAAAAAAUUCUGACACGCCUGCCAAGUUAAUUACAGCUGUGCAGGAUAUUGAUUGCCUCACUUAAGAUAAGUGAUUAAUAUUAUUUAUAAUUGUGUAUACUGUACAACUGACUAACAAUGGCUUUUGACUUUGAUAGUGGAUCCUUACCACAAUUAGAUUUGUUAAAGACUUUAAACUCUUGUUCUAUGACUUCUAA